AUGAUUCAUUCAUUCUCUGACCGUUCUAAUUUAUCAUUCUGUACUACAACAAUUGUACUGUGUCGACCGAAGCCUAAGUUCGCCAAGAAGCUGUACUCACUUUACAAGUUAAUCUGAAUUUCAAUUCUCCUAAGCUGCUAUCCAGUGUCCAGUUAUAAGUGGCAGGUAAGACCACGCAAGUUCCUGCGAUUUAUAAAGCUGGAUGUUGAUUAAUGCAAUUCUGGGAGGACUAGGAUGCGUCUAAUGCUUUAUGCUAGUCUGAAGAACCUGGGAGAGACGGCUGCUGAAACAAGAGCAAACGGCACCGGCUCCGACACCAGCCACCGAGUAUUGAUUUUCCCCAACAAUAUCAACAAAUCAUUCUCCCACGAACACUGUACUGAUGCCUUAAGCCUAUCAGAAACUCUUUGCAAAUAAUCUUUUAUACGAUUAUUGAUUGUCUCCAGCAGUAUCAAUGAAUCGUUGUAGUACGACUCAUGUCCAGGAUUUCCACCCGACUGCCUCAGAAGGAGGGAUAUGCUUUUCGCGCGUGGACGUUAUGGAACCUCACAAGCGAUGUUUUUUCUAAGUUCAAAUACGAUUGAUUGCUGCCAAAUCACCUAUGAAAAUCUUCAAAUAAAUGCUCACAGUUCCUCUUCAAUGUAGUGUCGCAUUGAUUCGAUAUAACAACAGAAGAAUCAUCCGCAUAAAGGGUGAAUCUAGCUUCACGAGAGCAAUGUUCUAAAUCGUUGUUGUAUAAGGAGAAGAACACUGGCCCCAAAAUAGAUCCCUGAGGAACGCCUAAAGGCCUGCCAAGAUUACUGUUGGAUAUGCACACAUACUGAGACCUGUUAUGUAAAUACGAUUUUAUCCAGCAAUAGGAUGGGCCGUAUACAGUGUGUCCCAGUGUGUUUCUCUUCAUCAGACUCCUAAAUUGCAUAUGCCCAAAUUUCUUAUUUGCAUCUACAAA